AUUGGAACAUAGCUUGUGUGGUUAAGAUUUUUGGAGCCCCACAUAUAAAUAUUCUGUUUUUCUAAAGAGCUUUGAAACUUAGGUAUUUCAGAGUUUGUAUAUUUAAUAAUUUAGGUGCUCAUCUCUGUAAAAUGUAUUUAUUCUUGCAGCAUGUAUAUGAGAAAUCUUAUCUUCCUCUUACACAUGGAGAAUGAGAGCACUGCAUCAUGCUAGAGGGCUGUAUAUAAAUUGUAGACUUUAAUUUUAUGCAAAAAUAAUUCAGUGUAAGUGAACAGUGAAGGUUAUUUAAUUCCUUCGGUGGCUAUGGUUUGCUAACUCAAGUGGCACACUUAAUAUGACAAGCAACUACUUGAUGAUACCACCUGACUUUAAAAUGGUGUUUCCUUCUCCCCAAGUCAGCAUGGCUAAUGAUCAGGGUUGGCAAAAUUUGAAGUCCAGCAACAUCCACACAGCACACACUAGCUUGCCCAACCCUGCACCCAUCCAUUAUAGAGGGAGCACAUGGAGAAGGCCUCCUGAAGAAGGUCUUUAAACUGUGGCUAGGCUCAUGUAGAAGACGAGAUGUAUCCAUGACCCACACCAUUUAGGGUCAUCAGCACUUUGAAUUAGACUUUGGAGCCAAUGCAGGUUGUUUGUAUUAAAAUACAUGGAAACUUAUCUGUGCUUAAUUUUUUUUCAUUUUUGUGAAUGCUUAAUUUGUGUUUCGUUGGUGAUUAAUUUCCAUUUCCAUGGUUCCAUGAUAAAGUUUUAUUUUAUAAACUUAUGACCCAUCUCUUUUUGAGACUUUUUGAGGUGGCUUACAAAAAAGCAAUAAUAGGAUAAAAGAUAAAAACAUGGCACUAAUACCAUCAUAUUUAUACUCUCAUUUUAACUUAGAAGCCAGGUUUCUUGCUAUAAUGCUUUUUAGAGGGAAUCAGUAACACAUGAUUUUUAAAUUUUGACUAAGAGCCCCAAAUGUGCUUAUUAGAAGAAAGCAAAAGUCUGCAUAGCUUACUUUAGCUUAGCUUUAAUUUGCCUAAUGAUUCAUUAGCAUAAUUUUCUUGAAAUAGGACAUGGAUUAUUAUUGAUGCAAAGCUAUCUCUUAUUUUGUGUUGGAGUCUAAUGUAAGAGAUGAAAAUAUGCAUCAAGAAACAAGUUGGUCUUGCCUUCAUGCUACUUUGUAUGGAAAAGCACUUCAUAUACCGUAUAUUCUGAUGUAUAAGACGACUGGGCGUAUAAGAUGACCCCCGUUAAAAUAUGGAGUUUGGGAUAUACUUGCCUUAUAAGAAAUACGACCCGGCGUAUAAGAUGACCUCUGACUUUUGAGAAGAUUUUCCUGGGUUAAAAAGUAGUCUUACACGCAGGAAUAUACAGGACUUCAAGAAUUUUCAUUUCAGCCUUGUAGUCUCUGCUGUUGUAUUACCACUAUGAAUAAGGUAUUAACUUCCAUGAACUUGUGGUUACUGACAUAGAAUAUGUGUAUUGAUUAGGGUACUAUCUUAGUGGGUAGAGGGUGCUGUUUGGGAGAUGAAACUGCUCCAUUAUCAUGGACAGUUGACUUUCUGGGAGUAUCUGUCAAGUCUUGCAUAGGUGGUAGGCCAAUAAGGAUUGUUCCCAUUCGAAGGUUGAUGGAUUUAGUCUAGUUGGUUUCCAAACUGCAUUUUUGGUGCACUUGGUAGACUGUCCUGUCAAAGCUCUAGCUCAGGGGUGGAUAACUACUUAGCUCAAUAGGCCACAUCUUUAUCUUUGCCCAACCCCUGGGGCCCAAGUUUGAUUGGGGGUGGGCCACAACACGUCAGUUGACUGAUAGGUGGGGAUUCCUGUGAAAGUGUGGGGAGCGGUCUGCUUCCCAAGCUCAUUCCCUGCAGGGAAUGUGCUGGCAAAGCAAAUCCCAGCAAGACUGAGUUUCCUGCUCUCCAGUUGGUGAGCAGAGAGUGCAGUCCUGCUGCUUACAGGGUUCACAGUACUCAGCAGGAUUUUACCCUGUCCCCAUCCAUCAGCUGAAGUUACCCAGUGACACUGGCUGAUGGGCAGGUGGGUAUGUUUUGGGGGCAAAUAGCUUCAUGGGUUAAUUUGACCCCUUGGCAGACCAAUAUUGGUCCUCCAACCCCCCCCCCCUGGAGUGAAACUCUUAAACCAAGAACCGACUUGAGUAUUGGACAUGAUGGCUCCAGAACAGGAGUAGCCAAUGCACCUCCAGAUGUUGGCAGACUCCAACUCCCAUCAGGCCUGGUCAGACUUGCUCUAGAAUAGUCAAGGCAAUUUAGAACAAUGAAGGAACUGGAUGAUGAGGUGCAGAAAGGUGUAGGAAAGGUCAAGUUAGGUUCAGCUGAACACAGAUUCUUUGGUGAUGUCUGUGAAGAAAUCCUAUCUUCACCACGGUUUUAUCUGCACAGUGCCAUCCACUGGAGCAUUUUUCAAGUUAUAAAUUCAAGUUAUAAAAGUCCUGUUACAACCUGACUAGCUCGAUUUUUACUUUUAGAUAGUUGAUGAAAACCUUCGUGCUUCAGGCUUUGAGAGGAGGGAGUGAAGUCUUAAAGAAAGGGCACACACACUUAAAUGUUUCUGGAACCUGCCAGAUAGGUUCCCCACCCCCUUGUAUUAUGUUUCUGUAUUUUAAAUUGGUACUGUUCUUAUGUUUAUGAUAUGGUAUUAGCCAGCCUGAGGGAUCCAAGGAACCAUGUUUGGCAGCACACCAAUUUAAAAAUAAAUAUAAAUGAGCUGCCGAACAUUAAAUUGCUAUCUACGCAAAAAUAUCAGCCUCCUAUUAUCAACAAUCUGGAGGAUAUGCUAUAAAAAUAAUAAAGCCUUUAAAACUAUUUUCAAAAGUUGCUUCUGGAUAAAGCUUGCCUAAAAUGAAGAUUACUUUCAACUUAAUGGUAGGGUUUGCAUGGGAUUUAUUAGGGGUAGGCUUUGCCAGGGAAAUCAUGUUUUUUCUUGCCCUGGGAAAAGCUAUUUUUCUCAUAUUUUAAGGCAUUAUAAAAAUUGUUUCAUUAUUACAAUAUUAUGUUUCAAGCUGUGUUUAUGACAUGUAGCUUAUUUAGCGUUGAACUAGGAAAUUAUCAUAGACCAUGUUAUAUUUUUAGUUUGUAUUCUGUUAACAGAAUUUAUACUACAUUAAAAACAAAAUAGCAUGUAAAAGAAUGAAAAUAAUAAUAAUUUGGGAUCAGAUCUUAACUAAAGUUCUGCUGGUGGGAACAACCUGUGGGUGGAGUUCAUUUGGUAGGAAGCUCCUACUAGGAUGCGUGCCAUUUGUUCGUCAAAAUUGUGGUCUGCACCAUUUAGUGACAUUCUGGAGCAUCAUGAGAAAGGGGUUGCCGGGGGAAGGAGAGGGUAGUGGAAAACAUUACCCUGCCCUGCACCCUGGCAGCAUUUUCUGAAUUCCUGUUCUUGCUGCAAACAGAAAGAGCUCUGCCAUUCAUAAUCUCAGAAGAACAAUAGCAGAAGAACAAAAGUUCAAAUUUCGAGGCAUUAAGCAAAGAUAAAGACAAGAGGUUCAGUGGGCAGAGGGGUCUGGCAGAAGCUACACAUAAGACUGCAUAUUGGUGGUCCCGUUGGAACUCCACUUGAAACUGACAGUAUCACUAACUGUUGCUAUACAAAGCUUUCGUCAUGUCCACUUACUGUAAAUUGCCCCGUCACAUUGUUGCAUUAUACAGUUGUUUUUCCUUCUGCAUCAGUUUCUUGUCUAAUAGCAUCUUACUCUUCUUAAGAAGUUGGAUACUUUUUGUUUGUGUAUUAGAUUCACCAAUUUAAAUUCCAGUUGCUUGCUGUAGCCGGCAGUAUAUAUCUCACAACUGUGAGAUUUCCACAGAGGUCUUAAUCACUGCAUAAACAACUGACCUUAUGUUUUGCUUGUACCACUACUCUUAAAUUGCACAUCUUUGAUCUCCAGCUAGAUGCCCUUGAGUAAGAAUGGACACCAGAUACACUUAUUUUUUAAAGCUCAGUAUCUCUGCAAAAACGUUUGGGUGCUACCGGUAGUUGUUUGUGUGUGUGUGUGUGUGUGUGUGUGUGUGUGUGUGUGUGUGUGUGCUUUAAAUAAAUCAACAAGAGGCUUAAAAAGCUGUGAGGGAGUUGGUUCUUUUAAACUGUUACAAAGCAUCCAGUAUUUGCAAUCUUACUUGUUUUACUGUUUUGUUUGGAAGCCUGCACUGUACACAACAAAGCUUUUUAGUUCAGCAUAUUUAGAACCAGUUACUGGAUUGAAAUCUGUUCCAACUGGAUGCUGAUCAGGAAUGUUGUGCAUCAGCAUUCUUUGUCAGCUUUAUAACAGGAUUUCUGAAGGCAGCUGCUUGGUUGAAAGCCAACUAACAAUGCAAUAGUGUCGUCAUUUUUUUAAGGGUUAGAGUGGGGAUCUCCUAAGCUUGUAAGGAAUGUCACAUGCCAGCUUUUGAGUCAGCAGCUUUCUCCCUCUGAAUUUCAUUAAGGCUCUGCAAGUUAAAAGAAAAAGCACUAAUGCAAACUUAAGUUACUCAAGUGCUGUCACCGACUACUGCUAAUAUAUUGUAUUAAGUACGUAUAUCUGCUUGUAGCUGGAUUCUGAUAUAAAUUACUUAAUAAUUAUAAACAACACAAAUCUCUUUCAAAUGUGAGAUUUUAAUAUUGAACUCAGCUUCAUAAUGCUAGUGUUGAGAUACCCAACUUUAAUUUGAUUGUUGAAUCAUCUGUUUUCAAACUUGGACUGAUUUGUGGCUGUUCUUCCCUGAUUGAAGCUGAGAGUAGGGCAUGUUUGACACCUACUGUUGUGUUGUAUAGUAAGCUAUAAAUAAAAAGAAUACUAAAGAUGGUCUGAUAAAACAAAUUAGUAGGUCUUCUAAAAGCAAAUAGUUUUUGUUAAAUUAUUUUCAUUCAUUGUACAGAGAAGGGCAUUAAAUAUUGAGAUAAGUUCUGUUUCCAGGAAUUUGGAAGGUAGCUUCUUCUUGUGAAGUUGGCACAUUCCAUGUAGUCCAAGUCAUCUAUCUGUUUGGAUAGGAAGACACUGUGGUGCUCUUCAGGAGCUGCAUAAAAGGAAGGAUGCAGAGGGCCCUCUCAGUAGUCGCACCCUGUGAAAUGCCUUCCCGUCAGAUGUCAAGGAAAUAAACAACUACCUGACUUUUAGAAGACGUCUGAAGGUGUAGGGAAUUUUUAAUGUUUGAUGUUUUACCGUGCUUAGUGUUUUAAUUUGUUGGAAGCCACCCAGAGUGGCUGGGGCAAUCCAGUCAGAUGGGUGGCAUAUUAUUAAUAACAAUAACAAUAACAAUAAUAAAUAAACAAGGAGAGAGACGGAGGGAGAAACCAAAAACCAACAUAGCAGAAAUGUACUCUGGUCUUGCCUUUCAUUUUCCAAUAUUUGGUGAUUGCCUUCAGGGUGCUCCUUUUGUUUUAUGGACAAGAUACCCUCCUGUUCUAGACAUUCCUCUUGUUUCUGUCAUCCAUCUCAGGGAUACCAUGAGCUGUGUUCAAAACUCCCAUUGUUCUAGGCGCAUUUUGUGACAGGGAAUUUCAUUAGCGCAAGAGGUUUCUGAGCUCUGGGUGUAGUACUUUGCCUAAGAUUUCAGAUUAAAACUGCAGAGUGGAAGGAAAGGAGGACCUUUUUCUGUCUCCCCACUUCCAGCUACUCUCUGAAGACUGGAGAAGAGAGCCUCUUAAGAAUAUUAGGGGGGUGGGCAGGGGAACGACUAGACCUUGUGAAAAAUGAACAUAAUAUUUUAGCUGCAGUUCAUUCAUUUUCAGCUCUGUAUUCUUGUUAUUAAAAAGUGUGCCUAGACAUUCCUUUAUUGCACCUAUAACCUAGGUUUAAGGUGCCAUUUAGCUCCUAGCUUUCAUAUCUCAGUUUCUAACACUGACCAUGAGUGAAGCAACACCAAACUCCAAACGUUCUCUCAAACCAAAGAGUAACUCUGAUCGGCCCCAACCUGAGAAGAAACCCUUCCUUUUGACUGAAGGCUCCUUAGUUUCUUAACACUUGCAGAUAUGUGGUGAAGGGCCAUGUUGUAGGUGGGUUCUGCAAACAGUGAGAGAAAGUUAUUCGCCCUUCAAUCAUACCUAGAGACCAUUCUCUUAUUUUCCCUUGCUCAGGCAACCCAAGAAGAAUGCAACACUAUUCCAAUGCUAUCCAAUACUUUCUGGAGAGAAGAGUAAUAGACACUGAGCUAGUGCCAGAGGGAUAAUUACUUCUUUAAGGUUGGGCUCAUGUGGUUUGUGCUCUGUACAUUCCCGAGGUGCAAUUUGCAAAUGUUUCUACAAUGGAACCUAUCGUGUUGCAGUCUGUUCCUCAUGAUCGCUAUAAUAAGACGUGUUAUAUAUGUGAUGAGCAAGGCAGAGAAAGUAAAGCAGCCACUGGCGCUUGCAUGACUUGUAACAAGCAUGGAUGCCGCCAAGCUUUCCAUGUAACAUGUGCACAGUUUGCAGGACUUCUUUGUGAAGAAGAAGGCAAUGGUGCAGAUAACGUCCAGUAUUGUGGCUACUGUAAAUACCAUUUCAGUAAGCUGAAAAAGAGCAAACGGGCAUCUAAUAGGUCAUAUGAUCAAAGUUUAAGUGAUUCUUCCUCUCACUCUCAGGAUAAGCACCAUGAGAAAGAGAAAAAAAAAUAUAAAGAAAAGGAUAAACAUAAACAAAAACACAAGAAGCAAUCAGAAUCCUCACCGUCUCUGGUUCCUUCUCUAACAGUAACUACAGAGAAAACUUACACAAGCACUACCAACAACUCUAUGACAGGCUUAUUGAAGAGGCUGGAAGAUACCGCAGCUCGCUUUACAAAUGCAAAUUUCCAGGAAGUGUCUGCACAUGCUUCAAGUGGUAAAGAUGUUUCAGAGGCCAGAGGUUCAGAGAGCAAAGGGAAGAAGUCCGCAGGUCAUAAUUCAGGUCAGAGGGGAAGAAAGCCUGCUGCUGGAAGGACUCCCGGAGCUCCGGUGUCCGCAGCUUGUACUUUUCAACAAGGAAGUUUUUUGGGAACUCCUAGUAGUAUAAAGUCAUCUUCCGGAAGUUCAGUUCAGUCUCCCCAGGACUUUUUGAGUUUUACAGACUCGGAUCUACGUAAUGACAGCUAUACUCAUUCCCAGCAGACAUUGUCGACCAAAGAUGUACAUAAAGGAGAGACUGGAAGCCAGGAAGGGAGUGUGAAUUGUUUUACUUCCUUAAUUGGUCUUCCUUCAACCUCAACUGUUGCCUCCCAGCCUAAUAUUUUUGACAGCUCACCUGGAGAGUUGGGUAAUUCAAGCCUUACAUCAACAGGAUACAAGCGUGUUCAGUCCUCUGGGACAGAAGAUGAAACUGUAAAGGAAAAGAAGCGGAAAGGAAAUAAGCAGUGUAAACAUGGGCCUGGUAGGCCAAAAGGAAAUAAAAGUCAGGAGAAUAUUUCCCACCUAUCGGUUUGUUCUGCCUCCCCAACAUCAUCUGUGGCAUCUGCUGCAGGAAGUAUAACGAGUUCUAAUUUGCAAAAAUCUCCAACGUUGCUUAGGAAUGGAAGUCUACAAAGUCUCAGUGUUGGCUCCUCCCCUGUUGGUUCAGGCACUUUUAGCAGCAAUGAUGUAGCAGUGUCCUUUCCAAACACAGUGUCUGGCUCAGGAUCUAGCACUCCUGUUUCCAGUUCACAUUUACCUCAGCAGUCUUCUGGUCACGUACAGCAAGUGGGAACUUUGUCUCCAUCUUCUACACCUUCUGUAACUACAACUGUUGCUACAACUCAGGCAAACACCCUACCUGGAUCUUCCCUCAGCCUGCCUCCAUCUCAUACGUAUGGCAAUAGGCUUAACCCCACCUCAACAAUGGGAGCACAUGCGUCUCAGCCUGAAAACAGUCAAACAGAUCAAGAUCUUGGAGACAAUAGCCGGAGCCUUGUUGGCAGGGGAGGUUCACCCAGAGGAAGCCUUUCACCACGGUCGCCUGUAAGUAAUUUACAGAUUCGUUAUGAUCAGCCAGGGAAUAGCAGUGUGGAGCAUUUGCCUCCGGUACCAGUUACUAUAGAGCAACUUCUGGAGAGGCAAUGGAGUGAAGGGCAGCAGUUCUUGCUAGAACAGGGCACCCCUAGUGACAUUUUAGGUAUGCUGAAGUCAUUGCACCAGCUUCAAGUUGAGAACCGACGCUUAGAAGAACAGAUUAAAAACCUGACUGCUAAAAAGGAGCGCCUCCAGCUACUAAAUGCCCAGCUCUCAGUUCCUUUCCCAACAAUAACCUGCAAUCCAAGUUCUUCACAUCAAAUACAUGCAUUUUCAGCUCAGGCUGCUGCUAGCACUGAUUCUUUGAACAGCAGCAAGAGCCCUCAUCUGGGAAGCACCUUUCUACCUGACAAUUCCCUUCCCGUAUUAAAUCAGGAGAUCAACUCCAGUGGACAAAGCACCAGUAGCUCCUCUGCUCUUUCCACUCCCCCACCUGCUGGGCAAAGUCCAGCUCAGCAAGGCACCGGAGUCGCAGGAGUUCAACAGGUCAAUGGCGUGACAGUGGGGGCCCUUGCCGGCGGAAUGCAAACUGUAACAUCCACCAUUCCUGCCGCCGUUGGUGGAAUAAUUGGAGCUCUGCCAGGUAACCAGCUGGCAAUCAAUGGAAUUGUUGGGGCUUUAAAUGGGGUAAUUCAGACUCCUGCCACAAUGUCGCAGAACCCUUCUCCUCUCGCUCACGCAACUGUGCCACCAAACACAGCACAUCCUCUGCCAACUACACUGAGUAGCAGUGCUUCUGGACUUGGGUUUCUUCCGGAGCAACAGAGACAACUCCUGCUACAUCAACAGCACCAGCAAUUUCAGCAAUUACUGAAUUCUCAACAAUUCACACCAGAACAGCACCAGGCUCUUCUGUAUCAACUAGUUCAGCAGCAACACCACCAGCCUGAAGUACAACAAUUGCAGAUUUCUGGAGCAACACAGAUUCCCAUCAAUAACUUGCUGGCAGGCAAUCAGGCAUCUCCACUUCAUACGGCUACGAGUAACCCAUUCCUUGCCAUUCAUGGGGAUAAUACAGCUCAAAAAGUAACUAGACUCAAUGAUAAAAGUGGACCAGUUGCACCGGAAAAGAAUUGACAUUUGGAGAAAUAAAAACAUGAGAAUUAUGUGUCCUGCUGUGAGAGCACUUCAUCAGUUUGCAAGUUGCAGACUCUCUGCAGGUAUGACUCAAUGCAACAAGGAGCUAACUGCACACUGGAAAAGCGAAUCUACCUGAAGACAUUUAUUGUAAGGCUUUGCCCUUGUUGCUUUUUGUUGCACUGAACCUUAACUGUUUUCUUCGGAUUUCGUGGAACUUUUAAAGUAUUUUUGCAUAAUAGAGUUGUCAGUUUGGGCCGUUUGUUUGACUUUUGCUGCUGAACUAGUAGCCUUUUAACAUACCAGAGUGCUGAUGAACAGACUGUCUGUCCCUGCCUGUUCCAGAUCCAUUACUUGUUUGAAGAAAGCAAGCCAAAUUGCAGUAUCUGCCAAUGGCAAGUUGUUACUGUUUAGCUAAACACCAGUGGUGUUUUUUAAAGAGGUACCAGAUUUUCCCCACAAUAAAGGACCAGGUUUUAAACUUUUUACUCCCACCCCCCAGUUAACUUUAAUGGAUGUUUUGCUAAAGCAAGAAGUCUCAAGUAAUGACAAAUGGUGGCUAAUGCUCAAUUGGGGUUUUUUUUUAAGGUUGCUGGAAAAAACAGAUCAGUUCAAAGAUGAUAAAUCUUACCAGACAAGAGGGCAACUCAUGUUCUGGCAAUAUUUGAAUUAACCCAAGUGCCUGAUGCUUACCUCUAUUGGGUUGGAAUGGCUUUGUAUAGCUGGGCAUGCACUAAACAAGUCUUUGUGAAAGCAGUCAGUGUGCUCAGCCUUGCACCAGCAGCCAUCCCCAUUGAACUGCCUUUAUGAAAAGUGUUUGUCACUGUAGAUAGCUCAGGCAAAUUGUUACCUGGGUUGCUUUCCACUAAUAAAUUACCAAAAAAGAAGAAGGGUGGGGAAGGGAUUUCACAUUUCUGGGGAAAUGGUGUAAACGGGUGGAAACUUUUUAAAAAUAUUUUCACUUUGAAUAGUUGAUUUUCAUGGUAUGACUAUGCAGUAUAGCAGAACAUAGAUGGAAGUUGGGAUUUAAUUGCCACUAAUCUGAAUUUGUGUGAAUUAUUAGUGGAAAAUACUCCAAGUAUACUUUAGACCUACACUGUGUACUUAAUUGGAUGAACCUAUUGUUUCUGCAAUAUCGUUUGGUUAAACAUUGCACAGUUCUUACCUCAUUUCUGUAAAUAAGGUUUUGUGACAGUUUUUUGUAUUGUGGAAAAUUCAUAAGGUGGAUAUUUUGAUUUGUAAUAUUUCUAAUUGGUAGAUUUAAUUGAAAAAGAAAGAAUAAUUUAUUUUUAUAUGUUCAUGGGAAUUUUUUUAAAAAGUCACAAAUCACUUUUGUAGAUAAUUUACUAAAGUAAAUCAGUGUGGUUUAAUUUGCUUAAACCACUCGUUAAUAUUCUGUAACAAUUUGUACAAAUUGUUGCUGUUUUGCGAGAUGUAAAAUUGCAAGUUUAUAUAAAGGUAUGUACAAAGCUUUGGUUAAUAAAUUUUAAUAUUGUUUAUGGUUGUAAACAUAACCCAACUUAUUUCUUCCAACUGCAGUUUUUGUUUUUUUUGGAUGAUGUGCUUGUCAUUGGAUUGUAUUACACACAUCGUUAUGUGUGUGAAUAAGAAGUCAUGUUUUAAAGUUGGCAUCUGCAGUUCCAGCUUCACCUGAUUUGCUGUAUCUGGUAGGAGCCCAUUCAGCACACUCUAAAAAUGGCAAUAUUCACUAAACGUUCUAUUAACCCCACAACAGCUUGAGGCACGAUGUUGCUCAUCCCUCCCUGUAGAAAUUCUGGACUACAGAUUUUAGGGUGUCUUUAGGCCAUGUUUUACUAAUAGGUUAA